AUGGCGUCUUCUAGCGGUGGUGUGUUUCUGGGCGCAUCUAGCAGUGCCGGAGCUGCCGCCGCUUCAGGAAGCAGGGCUACGAGGGGGGGAGGUGGUGGAGCAGAGCAAUUACCGAGGGAAUUAAAAGACAUGACCAUUCGAGACGACGACCGGGCCAUCAGCUACUCGGCGGAGCGCGUGGUGGGGAACGGUUCGUUUGGAGUUGUAUUCCAGGCUCUUAACAGACGAGGGUGUGGCAGUGCCGUUUUCGAAGACGGGCGAAACGGUGGCGAUAUAGAAAGUGUGUUACAGGACAAGCGUUACAAGAACCGCGACCUGCAGACAGACCAUGCUUUCUCGCGCCUCAAAUCAAUUCCUCCCUCAAUCGCACACGCGUCGCUUCGCCCCCUCCCGUUCUCCCAGGCGUCCUGUUUGGAGACGGGCGAAACGGUGGCGAUAAAGAAGGUGUUACAGGACAAGCGUUACAAGAACCGCGAGCUGCAGAUCAUGCGGCUGCUGGAGCACCCGAACGUGGUGGCGCUGCGGCACUGCUUCUUCUCGACGACGGACAAGGACGAGCUGUAUCUGAACCUGGUGCUCGAGUUCGUGCCCGAGACCGUCUACCGCAUCACCAAGCACUACACCAAGAUGAACCAGCGCAUGCCGCUGCUCUACGUCAAGCUCUACACCUACCAGGUGCGCCCGCCGCCCGGCGUGGGGGUGGCGCUGCGGCACUGCUUCUUCUCGACGACGGACAAGGACGAGCUGUACCUGAACCUGGUGCUCGAGUUCGUGCCCGAGACCGUCUACCGCAUCACCAAGCACUACACCAAGAUGAACCAGCGCAUGCCGCUGCUCUACGUCAAGCUCUACACCUACCAGAUUUGUCGAGCGCUGGCGUACAUUCACAACGGCAUCGGCGUGUGUCAUCGCGAUAUCAAGCCGCAAAACCUUCUCGUCAAUCCGCACACGCAUCAACUCAAGCUGUGCGAUUUCGGAAGCGCAAAAGUCCUGGUGAAGGGCGAGCCCAACAUCUCGUACAUCUGCUCGCGCUACUACCGCGCGCCAGAGCUCAUCUUUGGGGCCACGGAGUACACCACAGCCAUUGACAUCUGGUCCGCUGGCUGUGUCAUGGCGGAGCUGCUGCUGGGGCAGCCGCUGUUCCCGGGCGAGAGCGGGGUGGAUCAGCUGGUGGAAAUUAUUAAGGUGCUGGGAACGCCCACAAGGGAGGAGAUCAAGUGCAUGAACCCCAACUACACCGAGUUCAAGUUCCCGCAGAUCAAGGCGCACCCCUGGCACAAGGUCUUCUCUAAGCGGGUGCCGGCAGAGGCAGUGGACCUCGUCUCACGGCUGCUGCAGUACUCCCCGAACCUACGCUGCACCGCUGCGGAGGCGUUGGUGCAUCCCUUCUUUGACGAAAUCAAGGACCCCAACACCAGGCUGCCUAAUGGCAAGCCGCUGCCUCCGCUGUUCAACUUCAAGAAAGAGGAGUUCAAGGGAGUGCCCAUCGACCUGGUGCGUCGGAUUGUGCCCGAGCACACAAGGCGUCAGAACGGCCACCUUCUCGUGUAG